CCAGGUGCGCUUCAUCCGGGAGUACGACCCAGGCCAGCUGCGGCAGGCCGGCGCCUCCGCGGACGAGCUGCUCGGCCAGGCGGGCUUCGAGCGGCUUGCCCCGCGACCGGCGGAGGCCGAGGGGGAGCACGCCGCGGCCAGCUUCGACUACCUCCUGGGUCUCCCGUUCCACGCGCUAUCGCCCGAGCGGGCGGAGAAGCUGGAGGCCGAUCUCCGGGACACGGAGGAGCGGCUCGCGGCGCUGGAGCAGACCUCCGAGGACAGCAUGUGGAUCAGCGACCUCGACGACUUCCGCGAGGCCUACCGCAGGGAGCACGGCCUGGCGCAGGGGAGCGGGGAGCGCCGCAGGAAGGCGCAGACUCCAGCCUUCCCCGCGGCCGCCGGCAAGGAGUGGGAGGAGGCGCAAAGCUUGUUCGACCGCGGCCGGCGGAAGUCGAGGCCGAGCCGCCCUCCAGCGCCCAAGGCGCAGGCGAAGCGGAUGACCAGUACCCCGACUGAGCUGCAGAAGAUGAGCCACACGCAGCUCAACUUGGUGAUUCGCGAGUGCGGCCUCAGACGGGUGCCACGUACGAGCAACAAGAUGCAAAAGAUCAAGAGUAUGCUCAGCAUCGCGGACCUCGGAUACACGGGGAAGCUCAAAACCAAUGACCUCCGGGCGCACCUCGAGGCCCGCGGCCUGCCGACCGCUGGGCUGAAGCCGGAGCUCCGGGAGCGCCUGCAGCAGUGGGUCCGGAGGCACAAGGAGUAGGCGCGGCGCCACCAGGUGGCGAGCGCCGAAAUGCUUGGGUCUGCGACCCUAGAGGCUUCCCUCGAGGGCCAGAGGUGGAUGGUCCUCCUCGGACACGUCGG